AUGGCGGGAUCAAGCCUACAACAGACCUCGGUCAUCGACCAGGGGAGUCAAGUCAUCCACAGCCUCCUCUUGGAUAGAGGACCUGUCUGCGACGUUCCUAUCCCCAUUGCAUUCACGCCAGUGCAGUAUAGGGGGCCCUCCUACCACCUGCUGAAAACUCUAAUCCAAGCAUUGAACGACGCGUACGGAGUUGAUAUCGAUGUGAAGGAGAUCAGGUUGUGGAAGCCGAAGGAGCACUUAAAACCGGAUGUCGCUAUCGAUCAGGGAUGGGUCUCGAGGGCUACUUCAGAGUUCCACGAUUGGUUCUCCCUGAUUCCAUUCACGCAGUCGCUCAGCGACGCACUGGACACUACCGUGGCGCAUAACAAAUCAGGAAUCCACCUCGUCGUUACUACUACCACGAUUUAUCAUCGAGCUGGUCAGGAGGGAGCAUCGCGAAUGGUUGGUCCACCUUUGAGGGAUCAAGUACCGAUCAUCGAUGUAGGAGUUCUGGAGGCACUUUCUCUUCCCCUUGGCGAAGGAAAAUCCACAGUCGUUCAGACGUCCCCACUCUACUUGACGCCCAUCGUAGUCCUAGGCUUCUCCUCCAUCACCUCGUGGGGCUGGUAUGAGAAGACUGCCCAGUUCCUCACGCACGCGGGCAGCUUUACACCUACCAGCUUCCAAGUCAACACUAACAACUGGACCCACACUAGUGGGGAGUUCGGUGUAUCCUGGCUUCGCGCCGACCGAUCGUCACUGCUUCAGGGGGGCAUUUUCAGCACGAAUGCGAACUCGAACUCCAAAACGACGUCCCUCAUUUCCGAGCGCGUGGCGUUCGGUCCUUCGUUUGAAUCACCUCCUCGAGUCUUUGUCUCACCAAGCGGCUUCCAGUUUGACGGGAAGGCAUGGGAUAUUAGGGUGUUCUCUACCGAUGUAAACCGGAGUGGCUUCAAGAUGAAUGUGGUGCGAUCUCCGGAGGAGGGGACACUGGCCAAUAUACAGGUCCACUGGCUUGCGUUCCCCGAGGGUGGACUUCCGGGACGUCAGAUGUGUACUGGACAGUUCCACAUUUCGGAGGUGCUCGAUUCGUCCAGCCCCGUAAAAUCUGGAGACGUGGUGUUUGAGCAGGCGUUUACAAUCUCGGAUUCGGAAACACCUCCCAGGAUCUUCCUCGCGAUUGACCACAUCAAAGCUUCGAAGGCGCAUACCUUGCGGAUUUGGGUUAGUGUGUCGAAUGUGACUUCUUCGGGGAUGGAAUGGAAGAUCCAGACUGCGGACGACACCGUUAUCUACUCUGCGUCUGUUUCGUAUCUAGCUAUCGCGUGA